GUAUUUAUUUAAUGACAUUUGUUGAAUCCAAUUGCGUUUUAAUAAAUUACUUUAUUAUAAUUCUUUCUAUAGGAUAAAAGUAGUUUAUGAAAAAUCUACUGAGAACAAAUUUAUAAAUAAAAAUAAAUCCAUGACUGGAAUGAUCACACGCGCUACGGUUAGAGCUUUCUCGACGGAGGUCCUGAAAGUUGUCAACAAUGUUGCUAAGCAACAGUUUACAGUAUCGGUGCCCGGCGCUGAAGCUGUAGUAGAUUAUGAGAAAAGUGGGAAGCAUAUAACAUUUGUGCACACAGAGGUACCUCAGCAGUUUCAAGGCAAGGGAGUAGGCAAGUUGUUGGCUGAGUAUGCCUUCAGCCAUGCUAUAGACAACAAAUUGGAUGUAACAUGCAAAUGUGACUUUCUUGCCAACUAUUAUCAGAAAAAUCAAGCUAAAUAUAAACAACUUAAUGUUAAAGUUGAUGUAGAAUAAUAGCUUUAUAAUGGAGGUAGCAUGGCAUAGAUGUAAUAUUCAUUAUUAUUUACGAGAAAAAUAUUAUGGAAAAGCUAAAAAAAUUACUGUACAAGCUUCAUUGCGCUACAAUAAUACAACUGAAUUUCAUUUCUAUAAUGGCAUAACAAGUAUCUUAGAAGGUCAAGUACAAAAAGGUAUUAGCGAUCUUACCCCCCUUCAAUCUGACAGAGAUAUCCAAUUAGCUGUUGUUAUAGCCCUUCUAUAUGGUCAUAAACUUGUUAAUACUUUGGAAAGAGAUUCCAUAUAUAAUUUGGAAGCUAAACUUAAGGAAGAAAAAAAGCAAGGCAGUUCUAUGGCAUAUUAUUAUGCAGGUCUCUUCUUGUCUUUAGCUGAGAAAUAUGAAAAAGCUUCUGAAUAUAUUAAUAAGGCACUCAAAAAAGACCCAAACAACUUGGAUGCCAUCAUACUGAAGGGCUGGAAUGAUAUGUAUAUGAGUAUGGAUGACAUGCAAAUGUCAAUUCUGGAUUACUUGGAGUUGGCUCUCAAUAAAAGUGAUAAGAAUAUAGAAGCUUUACUUGGUUUAGCCAAGUUUAAAUAUUUUGCAAAAGACUAUGAUGCUUCUAAUUUAACACUAGACAGAUUAAUUGUAAACAAUCCAGGUCAAGUUGUGCCUCUCAUAGAGAAAUUGAAGAAUGAAUUUGCUAUGCAGAAAUGGGAAACAGUUUAUGAUACAAUGGAGCGAGUUUUCACUUUAGAACCUGACAAUAUUGAGGCACUAAAGAUAAGAAUAUUUCUUGCACUCUGUAAGAAUGCAGAUUACAUUGAGGCUGCUGAUCAAUUGAAUAAAUUUUUUACAACACUAGAAAAUGAUGAAACCCAAAAUGGGUACCAGUUUUAUAAUACUACACAGAUAUUUUCCAAAGUUUGUGCCAGAUCCAGUGCUGUAUUAUCUCAGAUAUAUAGGUUUGUACAGUAUGCCUCAGAAAUGUAUCCAAAAAAUGUUGAUUAUUUAAGUGAAGUUGGAUAUCAAUGUAUACUUCAAGGGAAGUAUAAGGAUUCAGUGAAUUUCUUUAAAGCAGCUAGUAAAAUAGAUAGCAAUUCUAUUACGGCUUUGUGUGGUUUGACUCUUUGUCAGAUGUUUGAGAAUGGCCCUACUGAACAGAUAGCACAACAAGUAGAGUUGCUUUUUGAAAUGCAGGGUAUGAAGAAAUUGCCCAUCUUAUAUCUUUUGUUAGCCCAAUUAAAUACAAAAAACUCACAGAAGGCCACUUCAUAUUUAAAUACUGCAUAUGAGACCAAAAUAUCCUAUGCUGAACGCUACAGCUUUAGUUUGACAUAUAUUAAAGAUCUGGAUCCAGAUUUUCUACUUGAAGUUUACAAAGAAUACAGAAAGCAUUUACCGAAGAAACCUUUUGUUGUAGUAGGUUACUUAUUGUAUGCAGAAGAAAAUACUGAAUGUGUAUCACAUUGUUUUACAUUAUUAAACACUAUUUGCGAAGCUUGUCCAGGCUUGCUAACAGCUUUAUAUGAAUUAGCUAAAUUAAAGUUUUUAUUUGGUUAUCCAAACGAGGCUCAAAAGUUAUCUCAACAAGUCAAUGAUUUAGAUAGCACUCACGCGGGCAGUCAAAUUCUACUUGCACAAAUCUACAUUCAGCAAGAGGCGUAUACCAAAGCUGCUCAAAGCUUAGAAAUUUGCCUCAGUUAUAAUUUUAAAGUACGAGACAGUGCAAUGUAUCAUUUUCUAAAUGGAGUUAUUUUAAAGAAUUCCAAUCAACACCAAGAGGCUCUAUCUAGCUUUACCACUAGCCUGCAAGUCGCAACUGGCAAGAGUGCCUCUAGCCAUGUCACUCGACUGUAUGAAUCAGAUCUUAAUAUUAUAGAUAAAUGUACUUUGUAUUUGCAAAUUAUAGAAUUACAAUCAUCUCUUGGAUUAUUUGCUGAAGCUGGCAAAUUUAUGCAGGAUGCUAUACAGGAAUUCUCAUACACAUCGGAAGAAGGUCGUUUAUCAAUAGCUAAGGCAGAAUUGUCUUUACAAAAUGGCGACGUUGAUAAUGCUAUCGAUGUUUUAAAUGAGAUCAAGCCGGGGCAACCAUACUACUUCCAGGCUCAUAGUAAAAUGGCACAUAUUUACUUGAAAGAGAAGAAAGACCGAGCAAUGUUCACUAAUUGCUUCAAGGAGAUAGUGAGCAAUCAUCCUAUGGCCGAUGCCCAUACUAUGAUGGGUGAUGCAUUUACGUCUAUUAAUGAUCCAUCACAAGCUGCUGAAUCGUAUGAAGCGGCGUUAAAGGGGAAUCCAAGAAAUAUUCCACUAGUACGCAAACUUGGUACGGCUCUAGUAAAGAUGCACGAGUAUGAUAAAGCGUCGCAGCACUAUGAGAACACGAUUAAAUUGUUGAAUGACGACGAGAUCAUGUUUGAAUAUUUGGAACUUCUUGUGAAGCUAAAACAAUAUGACAAGGUGGAUACAAUAAUAUCAUCAGAAGUAAAUAAACAGUAUAACAAAGAGAAGGACGUAAAUACUUUGAAGCGACGCGUUCGGUAUCUCACUAUACAAGCCAAGAGUCGAGAACUCAAGAAUCCAAUUGCGAACAAUACGAGUUUGAUUCUUGCUGAAGCGAGAGACUUGCAAACAGCUGUUGUGAAGCGUGCUGAAAUAGAAGCAAGGGCUGAUUUGCAAGAAGAGAAGCAAAUACUGUCCAGAGUCCUAAGUUCUUUGGCUAAAGUGAAAUCUGUUAAAGAGCCGGGCACAGCAGUCAGUUUGUACGUCGAAGCACUAAUUUAUACACCGAGUGAUCCUGACACUUUGUUGUCCUUGGCCAAAUUGUACGCACAGAUGAAUAAUCCCAAUAAAUGUGAACAAACUUGCGCUGUAUUGCUGAAUUCUGACCCUAACAACGAAUCAGCCGCUGUUAUGAUGGCUGACCUCGCAUUUCGUAAGGUGGACCUUGAAAGCGCUCAACGGCAUCUGAAUCAAAUACUAUCAGUAAAACCGACAAGUUGGGAGGCGCUGGCGCAGCUCAUAGAGGUGCAGUGGCGCCGCGGGAAACUGGCUGAUGCAGAGCAGGCGUUGGAAGUUGCUCAUCAGGCCAUGGAUGGUGACGAUGAUCCAGGGUACUAUUUCUGCGCGGGGCUGUGUUCAAUGUAUGCCGGUCGUGCUAAUGCGGCGCUCCGGCAACUGAACCAGGCGAGGCGCGGCCCGCGCUGGGGCCGACCUGCAGCCCUACGUAUGGUUUUACUUUGUCUCUCACAUCACGCGCCUCAAGCGACCUCUGACGUUGCAUUGCCCGGUGACGACUCUGAUACAAGAAUGCUGGCUCUACGUACGGCAGAAAAAUUACUAAUAGAGGUGGAGCCGUAUGAACGAAAACCUCUGCAAGCACUUCUGCAGCUCGCCACCAAACAGAAGUCUCAAGCUGAACGUGUGCUGCAAGAAUUGCUGCCACUAGUGAACGAUGAUCGACAGGAUGACCCCUAUUUAAUACUAGCUAUAGCUAUUGGUUAUAACAUAAUAAAGCAACCUACGCGAGCCAAGAACAUAUUGAAAAGGACUAUAUCGUCGAUACCUUGGACCCCAGAAAAGGCUGACGGAUUAGAAAGAUGCUGGUUAGAGGUGGCUGAUAGUCAAGUCAGUUCAGGAAGAAUGGAGGCCGCCAAAGAGUUAUUAACGAAAAUAUUAAACCACAAUAAUUCGUGUGCCGCAGCCUACCAAUAUUUAGGAUAUUUAGCAGAGAAAGAACAGAACUACAAAGGUGCCGCGCACAACUACGAUAACGCGUGGACGUACUCGGGUCGCGCCGAUUUGGCUCUUGGUUACAAACUGGCCCACGCGUAUCUGAAGCUCAAGAAGUAUCCAGAAUGUAUAGUGGUCUGCCGCUAUAUCCUCAAAGUGCACCCAGAUUAUCCAAAGAUCAGAAAAGAAAUACUAGAGAAAGCCAAAAACAAUUUACGCACAUAAUCUAGUUUUGUAUAUUACUGUAUUUAGGGAGCCUAUAUUCAGUGAUUUAUUUUGUAUUUAUGGUUAUUAUUGGGGAAGAACAUUGCCAUUGUAAAGAAUUGAAAUCAACUGCAAUCGUUUUCUUAACUUCAGAAUUUUAAUACAGGAAAUAUGGAGAAGAUAAUACACGGGCGCAUUUAGAAAGUUAACACAUUGACAGAUUAAGCGUGAUUACAUUAUACUUUCAAAAGUUAUAUUAGGGGGACCAUUUCCAGAAGUCGAUAUGGCCAAUAUGUAGCGGUAUGUAGUAAAUCAGUGUGCAACUGUCUGAUGUCCAGUAGCUAGCACAGAAUUAUACAAUUUUCAUUAAUGUGAUGCCAACUGACAUAUAUAUUGACCGGGUUAUCGAACAAUGAAUAUUCACUUUUAGGACGUUGUAAAUAAAACACAUGUAUGUAAAUAUGAUAAUGUACUAACUAAUAUUGAAGGCAAUAAGUGUUAAUUACACAGUAGGUAAUUCUUUUUUUUCACACAUUAAAAAUUUCAUGUUCAAAAUAGAUUUUUUUUUCAAUCGAUUUGUGACGUUACGAGAUAGCGCUCAUUUUUUGCACAUUGUUUUAAAACUACAACUAUGUUUUAUAACGAUGACAUUGUUUAGUCUUCCUUCUCCUCUUGUUCGAGGAUCGUCUUG